AGUCAGUGUAACCAUCAUCUUGGCUCAAGACUGUCGCGAGACAUUAUGAAAAACUUUUUUUUUCCUUUUAUUCUCUUUGUCUCUUAAAUGUACUUGAUAUAAUAGCAGUGAAACGAAUCUAGUUCUCCAGCCGAGGAGAGUCGCCUCCUUCAUAAGCAGUGUCAUAAGAGAGAGCGGGCUUUUUUUCCUAUUUUUAUUAUACUAUUUUCAUUUGGCUCGGUAGGCGUAAUCUCAAGUGGUCCUGGCAGUCCCUUCCUCUCAACGCAAUGCCGUUCCUAAAGAAACCAGUAGGACUACGGAAGGCCUACAAGAUGUCGAGGGGUAGACGCCGGAACAAUCCGAAGGCGGACCAGUGAGAGGGGCGCGUUGGAUGCUGCCCUCCCUCCACCAUGAGGCUGAGGCUGAGGUUAAGGUCGCUGUUUCUCCUGGCCCUUCUCAGCACCUGCGUCGUCAUCUACUCCUUCGUCGGCGUCCACUUCGGGAGCCAUCUCGAACUGAGCGGCGAAGGUCACAAAGCCCGCCGUGUCGUGGCCAGGAUUACUGCCGAUGACCUAAUAGCCAUAGGCAGGUAUUCGGAUCCAGUCGCCGCACCGAUCGUAAUCCAGGGUCCCGGGAGGAACGCCUUCAGUACUCGGGCAAUAGUCAAUAGUUCGGAUAUCAGAAACCUGGACAUUUCAGCGCCCGCGGAAAUUGAGACGAGCGCCAAAUCUACCUCUACGGCGGGAGAGACUUCCCUCUUGAGCCAGGCGCCCCUCGUGGCUCCCGGGUCCCUGAGCGCCGCCUCGCCCCUUCUGGAAGCAACCCGAGGCCCGGCACCCGCUGCUGUACCAGCCCCGCCCGCAGAGGGGAAUGAAAAAGCCUGCGACGGAGGAUGUCAUUUCCGGCGACUUCGAGAGCAGUCGCUGGCCGUCCUGUCGCAAGUGCGAGCUCGGAAGAUCGAGAAGACACUGCAGAAGGACGGGAAGGUCACCCGGACGCUUAUUUGCGACCAGGCUUGCAGACUGGCCCAGCUGAAGGCUCGGGGGUCGCAUAGAGGCGGUUAUUCUUCAAGGGUGCAGGUUGAAAAUGUCACUUUGCCGGAUUCUUGGACAGUCACCCGUGAGUUAGUUGACCGUCUGACUGCAAGAAGGAAUCACGUUCAGAAGGUUUGCAAGAAAUACGGGCUCAACAAACCAACCAAGACGUACCAGCCUAACGCCUGGGAGUUCUUGAUCAACGCCAAGUUCGGAUUGGUGUGGUGCAAUGUAUUUAAAGCUGCGUCUUCCACCUGGUUCUACAAUUUCAAUCUCCUGGCAGGAUUCACAGAGCAGGAGCUCCUUCAUGCUAAGGAGACUCCCAUACAGUUGGCCAGGAAGCGGUAUGCAAGACCGACAGUCGAGGAGCUGCACCAGGCCUUAAACUCUACUCGACAACCAUUGUCCUUCCUCAUUGCCAGACAUCCUCUUCAGAGGCUUGUGUCAGGAUACAGAGACAAAAUCCUGUCGGGGAACCGCUACUACAGCAAGCUAGCUCGCACCAUCCUGCGCCAGUACAGAGAAUUGGGCAAAGGGGACGAGAGGGACAGGCCGCAGGCCUGGGCAGUUUUUGGGAGGUCGACCCCGAGAUCCAUCGUGCCUUCCUUUCCUCAGUUCGUUCAGUAUUUGCUCGACGAAUCGGCCAGGGGACACAGACUGGAUGAACACUGGACGCCAGUCAGCGAGUUCUGCACGCCAUGCCUAGUGAAUUUCGACGUCUUUGCUAAGGUAGAGACUAUGGAAGAGGAUGGAAAUUAUAUCAUCUUUUCAGCUGGGAUCCAGGACGUCAUUAAGCCCAAGAGGAUCAACCGUUCCAGGAACGAGCCAACGGACGCAGUGGCUGACAAAUUCCUGUGUCAGUUGUCCCCGAGGCAAAUGGAUGGACUCCUGAAGUUGUAUAAAUAUGACAUAGAACUCUUCGAAUACGAUGUGUCCAAAUAUGUGAAUUGCACCCGCUCCUGAGAAAGGGUGAAUUUGAAUCACGUGUAUUGAAAUGUGUAUAGACUUGAUUUCAACUAAACUCAGGUACAAAAUAUCAAUACAGUAUAUAUUUAAGGAGUUAAGUGUAUAGCGACUUUUGCAAGCCGUCUAGGCAAUUAUAGUUAUUUACAUUUAAUCAUUUUUGUACUAUAAUUUAUGCAACUACACACGCACAGCCACACAAAUGCAUAUAUACUACAUACAUGUCGAGCAAUAAGUAAAGUGAAAGUCAUGCCACUGUGUGCAGCUAUUGCAAUGCAGGUUUACUGGGUAUGUCGUUGCAGAAUAUUUCCUAACUAUUUAUUUGACUGUCCUUAUUUGAAUCUUAGCAGGAUGUGAUAUUCAGGGCUAUAACGUAGCUCUGAU